GCAGCGACGUCAGGGACCAGCCCAGAGCCUCCUGCCGCUCAGCGCAGCAUCGCCGGGGGCACCUCUCCUGGCGCCCGCCGGUGCCCGCGCGCCGGGCAGCGGAGCUGGACGGGCCUACGGGGAGCAGGGUGCCGGGGCUGAGCGGGGAGGAAGGUGGGAGAAUUACCCUUUUGCCCUGCUUCGUGGUCUUCCCGAUCGGCAGCAUCUUCCUCGCCCAGGGACGCUGGCUGCCCGAGUCUGCCCCGCCGGCUCGGCACGAAGCUCGGAAUGCGCCAGGCGCUCCGGCCACGCUUUUAUAGCCCGGGAGGAGGCGGGCCGCUCUGGGCAGCGCUGCGAGCGACACCCCGCCCGGCCCGGCCCCUGACCCCGAGGGGAGCCGACGCGAUCCGGGGCUGCCCCACGCCCCCCCAUUCCGCCUGGUUCGGGGUCAGGAGGUGCCCAGUUGCUCCCGCGGCUGCCCCUCAGCCAGGGGGCGGUCCGGCAUCCUCCGCGGGGGCUGGCCUCGGCGGGCAAGGACGGCACGGGACGGGACGGGCGCGGCGCCAGCGCUCUCCAUCCCUGCUGCCGGCGGCUGUGCGUGGGAUGAGCACCGUGCUGCGGGGAGCCCUGCAGCGGCUGCGGCCCCCCCGCCGCGGCGGCCGGCCCGACCCCCUCUCCGCGGCUGCCCUGCGGCCCCUCGGCGGCGGCGCGGGCGUCCAGGGGCGGAAAGAAACCGCUUCUCCUUCCUUGGGGAAAGAUAGAGCAGACACGGUGAUCAUCGGAGGUGGUUGUGUUGGCGUGAGUCUAGCCUAUCACUUGGCUAAAGCUGGCUUGAAGGAUGUUGUUCUGCUAGAAAAAUCUGAGCUCACUGCAGGAUCUACUUGGCAUGCAGCUGGUUUAACUACUUAUUUUCAUCCUGGAAUAAACCUGAAGAAAAUCCAUUCUUACAGCAUCAAACUCUACGAAAAGCUGGAAGAAGAGACUGGACAGGCUGUGGGGUUUCAUCAGCCUGGCAGCAUCAGAAUUGCUUCAACUCCUACUAGGGUGGAUGAAUUCAAAUACCAAAUGACUCGUGCUGGUUGGCACCCAACAGAGCAGUACCUAAUCACACCUGAGAAAGUACAAGAGCUAUUUCCCUUAUUGAACAUGGAUACGGUUUUAGCUGGCCUGUAUAACCCUGGAGAUGGUCAUAUUGAUCCCUAUUCUCUCACUAUGGCCUUGGCUGCAGGAGCCAGAAAAUACGGUGCCCAAAUAAAUUACCCUGUCCAAGUGACCAACCUGAACUCCGGAUCAGAUGGAACAUGGGAAGUUGAAACUGCACUUGGAAUAAUUCGAGCAAAAAGAGUUGUGAAUACUGCAGGUUUCUGGGCCCGUGAUAUAGGCAAGAUGAUUGGCCUGCAGCACCCUCUCAUACCUGUUCAUCAUCAGUAUGUUGUGACAUCAACUAUCCCUGAAGUGAAAGCCCUAAAAACAGAAUUGCCUGUGAUUCGUGACUUAGAAGGAUCGUAUUAUCUGCGGCAAGAAAGGGAUGGUCUUUUAUUUGGUCCGUAUGAAAGUGAGGAGAAGAUGAAGCUGCAGGACUCAUGGGUAACAAAUGGAGUUCCACCAGGUUUUGGAAAAGAACUUUUUGAGUCUGAUUUAGACAGAAUAAUGGAGCACAUUGAAGCUGCUAUGGAAAUGGUCCCUGUUCUGAAAAAAGCAGACAUUAUAAACACAAUUGCGGGUCCUAUCACCUAUUCUCCAGACAUUCUUCCUAUGGUGGGACCACAUCAGGGUGUCAGAAAUUACUGGGUAGCUAUUGGUUUCGGGUAUGGCAUUAUACAUGCUGGUGGCAUAGGAAAAUACCUCAGUGACUGGAUCCUUGAAGGGGAACCUCCAUUUGACCUGAUAGAAUUAGAUCCUAACCGCUAUGGAAAGUGGACCACCAUAGAAUACACAGCAGCCAAAGCAAGAGAAUCUUACGGUUUUAAUAACAUUGUUGGUUACCCCAAAGAAGAACGAUUUGCUGGAAGACCAACAGAGAGAACCAGUGGGCUGUAUGAUUUGCUGAAGUCAAAAUGUUCAAUGGGCUUUCAUGCAGGAUGGGAGCAACCUCAUUGGUUCUACAAACCUGGAGAUGAGACAGGAUACAAACCCAGUUUUCGACGCACAAAUUGGUUUGACCCUGUGGGUCGUGAGUACAAACAGGUUAUGGGAAAUGUCGGUGUGAUUGACCUGUCACCAUUUGGCAAGUUUAAAGUAAAAGGCACAGAUUCUGUUAAGAUGCUGGAUCAUCUGUUUGCGAAUGUUGUUCCAAAGGUGGGUUCCACAAAUAUAAGCCAUAUGCUAACACCAAGAGGAAAAGUUUAUGCUGAGCUAACAGUCUCUCAACUGUAUCCUGGAGAAUUUAUGCUUGUAACUGGCUCAGGGUCAGAACUCCAUGAUCUGAGAUGGAUAGAAGAGACUGUGAUGAGAGGCAGAUAUAAAGUUGAAAUAGAGAAUGUGACAGAUGAGAUGGGAGUACUUGGUGUAGCAGGUCCCUAUGCAAGACAGGUCCUCCAGAAGUUGACAGAUGAGGAUCUGAGUGAUGGUUCAUUUAAGUUUCUCCAGUCUAGACAUCUGAAACUUUCUGAUAUUGCUGUUACUGCCAUCAGGAUAUCAUACACAGGUGAAUUGGGCUGGGAGCUUUAUCAUAGAAAAGAAGAUUCUAUAGCUCUUUACAAUGCGAUCAUGGAAGCUGGCCAAAAAGAGGGCAUUGACAACUUUGGAACAUAUGCUCUGAACGCCUUAAGACUGGAAAAGGGUUUCCGAGCCUGGGGAGCAGAGAUGAACUGUGACACUAAUCCCUUGGAAGCUGGACUGGAAUACUUCGUAAAGCUAAACAAGCCAGCAGACUUUACAGGAAAGCAAGCACUGAAGCAGAUUAAAGAAAAGGGGCUCAAACGACGACUGGUAUAUCUCACCCUGGAAACAGAUAACGUUGAUCCAGAGGGAAACGAAAGUGUGUGGCAUAAUGGCAAGGUUAUUGGCAACACCACAUCUGGAAGUUUCAGUUACAGUGCUCAGCAGAGUCUGGCUUUUGCAUAUGUUCCCACAGAACUCAGCAAAGUUGGACAGAAAUUGGAAGUUGAACUUUUAGGAAAAAAUUAUCCAGCAACCAUUAUACAAGAGCCACUGGUGCUGACUGAACCAACAAGAACGCGCCUUCAGAAAAAGGGUGAAAGUCCAAAAAUAUAAACACAGAUAGGAAUACAACAAAUUGAGCAGUAGGAAAUAGUUCCAUUAUUAUGCAUGAAAUUAAAAGAAUGAGACUACUCAAAUUUGCAGAUUACUAAGCGUAAGAUCCUCAUUGCCAUACACAGAUGAGAAAUUCAAUGGUGUUUGCAUUAGAGAUCUGAGCAGAGUUGUGCUCCUCUUCCCAGUAGCACUUGUGAACAGAAAGUGGCUACGAAUUAGUAGAGCCUUGAUUCAGCUUGCUCCCACAUAGGCUGGCAGAUCCAAAUUAAUGCAGAGGAGAAAUCUGCUCUUAGUACUGGCCAAUAACAAAUUCUUCCUCCUUGACAAUCACAGUUCCUCCUUUGCCUGCCCUAAGGGUAAAGUAGCUUAUCCUGGCUCCUUACAAGAUAACACUACAAACUUACCAAUAAAAUAAUAUCACUAGUUCUGCACAGAAAUGCUUUCUAAGGAGCUGAAAUACAUCCCAGUAACCAUUAAAAAUAAUAAAGAUGAUACUAAAAGCAAACUGAACUGUUAACAUUUUUUCCAAUGUGUCAUCCUGGCAGAAAUUCUUACAGAAGAUCAAAAUCUAGUGCUUAAUGAAACAGUUCAGACCUUUUGUUUCCUUAUUUUGUAUGAAUCAUUGUCUUCAUUAUUUUAUAUGAAUCAUCUGGCAGAUUACAUGUAGUAUUAUACAACACACAGGAUGUUGCUGCAAUUUCUGAACAGAACUUAAAGUACUGUGUCAUGGAUUUACUGUUCUAAAUCUGAAACUCUAGACUGACACCAAGGAAAUUAAGUUCUUCCUUUUCCUGUUAUUUAUAGAUUGAACAGCAGUAAGAGCCAUAUGUUCUUUGCACAGAAAUACUAACAAUGAAAUAAUUAAAUUCACAGCAGAGGAGCUUUAUUCAGUAUUAAAUAAUCAAUAAGCAAAUAAGCAGGAUUGGAUACUGUAUAUGAUGGGAACACAUUAAAUUAUUAAAACACUGUUCUGAAUUCCAUAAUAUGGUCAACAAUUCUUUUAAAUAACAUCAUCACAGUUUCGAACUUAAAAAGAGUAAUAUUCCCUUUUAGGCUAUAGAGAAAUGUUUUUGAAGUAUGUUUGAAUAAUGUUCAACAUGUACUUUCUCCAAAGGAGUUGGUGGCUCUAAAUCUUCAGCAAAGAAGCAAAGUAUAAAUAGAAUAUACCAGGAGAAACACAAUUUCAGAAAUGAACACUUACUCUUGCUAAAGUAAGCUGACAUUACAUUGAGCUAUUCUGAAUAUCUUUUACAAAGCAGGUCAAAGUAAAAUGUACAAGCUGUAGCAGGUUUGCAUGUAGAACUAUUUUGAGUGAAAACUCUGUUCAGAAAUUAUUUUCUCUUAUGCUUUCAUAAGUGAUUUAGUUCUGCUUUGCUGAACCAGUCAGAGAUGUUACUUUUUCUAAAGGUGUCAUUAUUAGUAAUGAGGCAAUUGGCCACCGUGUUUCCUUGAGCAUUUAAAUACACCUAAAAUACAACACAAUGCUGAUAUGGUUUUAUUGAAACUAUGGAGGAUGAAAGCAAUUUUUAGGAACAUAGUUUUGAAUUUCAGUAUUUUUCAGGAACAUGCAAAUUCACUAGACACCACAUCUGGAGUGAACAGUAACAGUUGUCCUGGCACAGGCUCUUGUGUACUUUCAAAUCAGUUUUUCUAUGCCAAAACUCUGUUUCAACAAUGCCUUUCACAUCCCAGUCUGAAAGUUAGAUUCAGGUUUGUAACUCCUUCUCCUGCUUGGAAGAAAGAAGUGCUAUUCAUCAACGUGUCAUUAAUCGGUCUGACUGUGCAGAAGGGGCAGGCUUUCUGCAGUCUGAACAAGAGAUCUGAACAAAAUCACAGAUAUAAUUCCUCAGAAACUGUACCCUUCAUGGGCAUGUACCAGAUUGACAGCUGUAACCUCCCAACCCCUAAUUUCUCCUUAUAGCUGAUACAGACAGCUACCCGUCUCAGUUUACAGUGUAGCAUUAUAUAGGCCCAAACACUGACAUCCUUAUGGGCUUCUCAUUGACAGCUGUUGUCACCCAAGUCUCACCAAGAUUGAGCUGUGGCCAGUUAAUCUUCAUUUAGUUUCAAGAUUUAGGGAAGCAGGCAAAAAACAUCUCAUGCUAUUUCUGGGACAAGGCAAUGCGAAGUGAAGUUUCUUUCCAGCAGCCAACUGGUAAGACCAAAACAACUCCCUUUUGUCAAUGACCAUAUAUAAGACAAUCAGAGUAUCUGAGAGCUUGUUUCACUGUUAUCUCUUAAGAAUGGCUGUGCUUCCUGUUUAACAAUGCAUUCAGGAGCAGAGAUACCUGAAGCAGUUUUAAGGAAGCUUGGCUAAGUAUUAGAAGCAUGUAGCUAUGAUAACUACAUGACUGACAGGGCUUCCUAGUUGACCUAGCUUCUUUUUUACUCCAAUACCCAACUCACUUUACUGAGUAUUUAUUAGGUUAGCUCAACAUUGCAGCACUUUGCACAGCAUAGAUAAACUAAAUGGUAAGGGGAUAAGCUUUACAAAUCAUGCCCACAGGGAUAUUCACACGUAUAAGUCAAUGUAUCACGGUUAUAAAACAAAAAAUAAAAUUAUAAACCUGAAGAAAUGGGGGCAUGUGUGAGAAGUGUUCAGCAACUUUCACAGUUUUCUGUCACCACUUCUUUUCAUUACAGGUUGUGAUAUGGUGUUGCAUAAACUUGCGGUGUCAAGAUAGAGCAAGAGGAAGUAAAUAGACACAAGAAUGUUUAAGGAGUAUAUCUAUAUUUUAAGAGGGUUUCUAGCCAACCAAACAGAAAUACCAGGGUAGAAAGACUGGCAGGGACAUCAUUAAAGUUUUCUGCAACCCCAUUAGCUAGCAGAAGAGACACCUCUGUAAUGAGGUGAAAAAAAUGACAGUUGGUCAGCUAGGAAAUUUUCUGAAAUACUCAAAUUCUCUGUGCAGAGAGAUCAGGACAUAUCAAAAGGCAAUUUUCCCACAUACAUUUUUUUGCCAUUUUCCUUUAUUUUUCCAUCUCCAGAGACUUUUGGUACACCAGAGUAGAUGUUACUGUUACCGUUUGAAUUUUUGCUCCAAGUUCCCACAUGCUAUGGCAAGAAGUGCCAUGUUCAUGCUUUGCGUGGAAUGAUAAAUCAACAUGAUACAAUAA